UUACUUCAAGUACUGCAAGAUCUCGGCGCUGGCGCUGCUGAAGAUGGUGAUGCACGCCAGGUCGGGGGGCAACCUGGAGGUGAUGGGGCUCAUGCUGGGCAAGGUGGACGGGGAAACCAUGAUCAUCAUGGACAGCUUCGCCCUGCCGGUGGAGGGCACCGAGACCCGCGUCAACGCGCAGGCCGCCGCCUACGAGUACAUGGCUGCGUACAUUGAAAACGCAAAGCAGGUUGGUCGUCUAGAAAAUGCAAUUGGCUGGUAUCACAGCCACCCUGGCUAUGGCUGCUGGCUCUCUGGCAUCGACGUCAGUACCCAGAUGCUUAAUCAGCAGUUUCAAGAACCCUUUGUAGCAGUGGUUAUUGAUCCAACAAGAACAAUAUCUGCGGGAAAAGUAAAUCUUGGAGCAUUUAGGACAUAUCCUAAGGGCUAUAAACCUCCAGAUGAAGGUCCCUCUGAAUACCAGACUAUUCCGCUUAAUAAAAUAGAAGACUUUGGUGUACAUUGUAAACAGUAUUAUGCUUUAGAAGUCUCAUACUUUAAAUCAUCUUUGGAUCGUAAAUUGCUUGAGCUUUUGUGGAACAAGUACUGGGUGAACACUCUCAGUUCUUCUAGUUUGCUUACUAAUGCCGACUAUACCACUGGCCAAGUCUUUGAUUUGUCUGAGAAAUUAGAACAGUCGGAAGCUCAGCUUGGAAGGGGCAGUUUCAUGCUGGGUUUAGAGACUCACGAUAAGAAAUCAGAAGACAAACUUGCAAAAGCAACAAGAGACAGCUGCAAGACCACCAUAGAAGCUAUACAUGGAUUGAUGUCUCAGGUUAUUAAGGAUAAACUUUUUAAUCAAAUUAAUAUAGCUUGAAGUGCACCACCAGCUGAUAUGCAUCUCCAAAGCAGAAAAAGUCAUGGUUUCUUUCACUUGGACUUGUUCAAUUUGGGAAAUGAAGCUGGAGUGGAAAAUUAUUCACUUAAUUUGUAGUACUUUAAUAUUUCCCACCUGUAUGACCAGUUUUAAAGAACAAAAUGUUCUGAAAUGUAGUGCAACUUUUUGUUCUUUAUCAUAAAACACCACCAGUUUGGAGAAUUGUUCCAAAAGAAAAAUAAAUGUGACUUACUGGAUUUUGCUCUUAGGUAUUUAUCUCUAUUAUCCAACUGCAAUAAAACAAUUUUGAAA